AUGGCGAAGAUUGGCGACGCGACCAAACAGGAGGGCUCCAGCUCAAGCGGCGGCGAGCGGCUCCUGGCAGCCGGCGGCGUCGUGGAAUUCCCGAUGCUGACGAAGGGCAACUAUCAAGAGUGGGCGCUGGUGAUGCAGCUCUCCCUCGAGGCCUUGGAAUUGUGGGACAAGGUGGAAGAGGAGAGCAAGGACAGAGCUCAAGACCGGAAGGCGCUGGCGGCGAUCUGCCGUGGCGUGCCGCCGGACAUGCGGGCGGCGCUGGUGGUGAAGCCGUCGGCGAAGGAGGCCUGGGCGAGCAUCAAGCGGCUCCGAGGCGGCGACGAUCGAGUCAAGGCGGCGAACGUGCAACGCUUGAUGAAGGAGUUCGAGAAUCUGGCAUUCACGGACGGCGAGUCGGUCGGGGACUUCGGCGUGCGCGUCGAGCGGCUGACGGCGAGGCUGAAGGACUUCGGCGAGGCGCUGCCGGAUGCUCGGGUGGUGCGCAAGGUGUUGCGCUCCGUGCCAAAGAAGCUGAAGCAGGUGGCGGUCUCAAUUGAGAUCCACGGCAACCUCAACGCCAUGACGCUGGACGAGCUUGUCGGCCAGCUGCAGGUGGCAGAGGAGGCGGACGCGGAGUUGGAGCUGGUGCCCAAGGUUGCGCACGAUGGCCAGCUGCUGCUGACGAAGGCUCAGUGGGAGGCGCGGUCGCGUGGAGGAGGCGGACGUCGUGGCAAUGGUGGUCACGGCGGCGGCGGCCAGGACGACGACGACGACGGCGGAAGCAGCACAAGUUCCAGGAGCGGGAGGAGUCGCUACCGCGGCCGUUGCUUCGACUGCGGCAUGCGCGGGCAUAUGGCGCGUGAUUGCCCGAAGAAGAAGGAGAAGGCGCUGUACGCCAACGUCGACGAGGAAGCAACGCUGCUGUGA